UUUAUAGUUGUCUUACUGUGCAAAUGGAUCACUGUGCCCGAGUCGUGUCACCUUCUUGUCAGCUUUCUUUUUGCUUUAACUUGUUUUUUAACCAAUGUUAUUUUUUUUACUUUUAAUUUUAGCUUUUUCCAAUCUAAAAACUUCUAUCAAUUAUUUUCCAAUAUGCAAACGAGUAUGCAAAAUUGGGUUCAUUGUAAUAAAUGUUUAGUUCAGCCGUCAAAGAACAAUUUAUCGUUUUGGAUGAGUUCUUGUGGUCACAUUUUUUGUAAAAAUUGUAUUGAUGCUGAAAUAAAUGGGUGUAAUUUAUCAGAUGCAAAUACGACCUCUGUCAACUUUCAGCAAUGUUUUGUUUGUAAUAAGCAAGUCCAACUUAUACAAAUUAAUCGCUCUAUGCGAAAAGAUUUGCUUGAAAUGUUUAAACCACCAGCUUCAUUUGUUGGAGAUUCGCUCAAAAGAGCAAAGAAAAUUAUUGAAUUUCAAUCUAUGCAUCAUCAGAGAUUGUUUAAAUGCCUUCAAGAACGAAACCAAAAGAGUACCUUGCAUCUCAAAAAAAUAUUAAAAGAAUUGGAUGAAAGAGAAGGACGAAUAAAAUUGUUAGUAAGAGAAGGUGAUGAAUACAAGUCUGAAUUAGAAAAUACAAAGCGAACAAUUACAGAAUUGCGAAAAAGGGAACUUCAUCGUUUAAAUCCUGUUCGUCAAUCCGCUAGCAGUCAACAGCGUAUGAGUUAUAAACGAAUGGCGAUCCAAAAUGCGAUGGACUCAAGAUAUACAACUUCUGGACUUUCAUUUUUAGGUGGAGGAGAAAGAAAUGAUUUUCAAUUAAAUAUGCAACAUGUUGGAGGAAGUACUCCUUUAAAUAAUCUUUUGCCGUCAGAUUCACGUCCAGACUUGAAUCUUCAAAAUCUUAUGAAUACUUCUACAGAAGAUGCUUCUGCCGUUGUUCGUGGAAAUAUUGGGAGAGGUUUACAAAAUACAGCAACUCUUUUGGGUAUUACAAGGUUUUUUUUUAAUUUAGAAUUUAAUUUUCUUCUGGAUUUGAUUGUGGGUUAA